AUGGUGAAUCAAAACGGAAAAACUGUUGUAGUUAAAUUGCCAAUGGAGCAGCCACACAUAGAUUCGACUGAAACAUCUCCAUUAAAUCAGAGAUUACGUGAUAAUAAUUCUGAUAUAUCAUCGUCACCCUCCUCAGCUGUUGCAAGUGAACAAAGUUGCAAAAAACUUAUACAUAGCAAUAGUUCAAAUCAAUCAUCAAGAAAACUCCUGCUUAAUAUCAUUAUCGACUUUGCUGUGCUUUUAAUUGUCGGAUGUUCAAUUACAAUUUUCUUCCUCAUCGGCGAGCCAUAUGAGCGUGGCUUCUUUUGUAAUGAUGAAGAUUUAAUGCAUCCCUACCACAUAUCAACUGUCAAGCAUUGGAUGCUGUUUGUGUUUGGCAUUAUCAUACCUGUCGUAAUUAUUUUCACCACAGAGAUUUGUCGCUCGAAAACAGGCAUCGAUGAGGAACACGACAUUAAAUUCUUCAAAUGGACAAUAUCAGCAUGCAAGCAGAAUCUAUAUAAAUAUAUUGGAAUGUUUCUCCUUGGUACGAUAAGUUGCCAGCUUUUAACAGACAUUGCAAAAUAUUCAGUAGGACGAUAUCGACCGCAUUUUAUAACCCUUUGUCAACCAGUAUUAAAUGCAGACGGUAGCGAUUGUAAUGACACGAAAAAUUUCAACCGAUAUAUUGAGGAUUUUACCUGCAGUAAUCCAAAUGUUACUGAUAAAAUGCUUAAGGAUAUGAGAUUAUCCUUUCCCAGUGCUAAUUCAUCCUUUAGCUUCUUCACAAUGACAUUUUGUGCGCUGUAUCUCAAUGCACGACUUCAAUGGAACGGCACACAAAUUUUAAAAUAUUUUCUCCAAUUUAUUCUGAUUGCUGCAGCAUGGUUCACAUCAUUAAGUCGAAUAUCGGACUAUAAGCAUCACUGGUCAGAUGUUCUCGCUGGCUCAGCAUUGGGAUUCGUACUUGCUUUAUUUGUUUGUCAAAAAAUAUUAAAGUUUAAAAGGCGUGAAAAAUGUUUGGCAAAUUUAAAGCUACCAAUAAAGUAUGAGCUUAAUACUCACAAUCAGAAUUCUGUUUAAAAUGAGUUUAACUCAUUUUAGGGGUCGUUCAACUAUUACGUAACGGAAUUAUCUACUCACAAACUAUACAAAAGUCACACAAACUCAGACCUCACCACACCCCCACCUCUAAUCCAUGCAUUUAUAAAGCUAUUGUAAAGAGGGGCUGUUCAUAAAUGACGUUUAAUAAUAGAAAUUGAAUUUUUGACUCCUCACAUGAAAGUUUCACAUAAUUUCGAUUCAAAGAAUCGAUUGAAAUAUUGGAUAUCAUUUAUGAAUGACCCCUAAGUGAACAGACCCCCAAAAUUUCUAAAAAAGAACUUUUUUUAUAAUGAAAACAAAUCUUAAUGAAGUAAUUAUUUAAUAAUUUAUGUCUACACACAGAACAACAAAUUUUAUGAUUGUAAAAAAUAAUAAUUCAGUAUAAUUAAGCAUUGUUAGGAAUUUAAGAAGAACAUUGUGCUUUUAUAAAAUUAAUUUAUUGUCCUAAAAUUAAGCAAAAUAUCAUCUAUU